UGUCAUGCAAUGACAGAUGGAGGGAUCAAACUUACCGUCUCACCUCAUCAUCAAAACACCUUUAGUAGAAGACAAACGACCACUGACUGAUUACUUCAAACAUAAGCUUGGUCCAGUAGUGGGUCCUGUCCACCGUGCUCCCCCAGUAACCCCUGGCUCGUCUUGUCUCCAGGGGCGACGGUUGGCUUCCUCUGGGUCUCAUGGAAACCAGGAUGAUGGACAGGUCUCUGCUGACGUUGCUCCUGCUGCUGGUGGGCUGCUCAAUCGACAGGUCUGCAUCCUUUCAUCUGUCAUAGUCUAACACAAUCAAAGCUCAUUGAGCAAUACUUUCAAUAAAGGCUCCUGCGUAUACGACAAGAACUUCAAGUUCUGUGGCAGCUGGCGCCACGGCAACAACACCCUCACACUGAACUACGACCUCUCGCCCGGCUGUGAGAACAUCACCGUGUCGGCCAAUGACAGUUCCCUGUCGGUGAUCGGACAGAUCACCUCUCAGUGCACCAAGUCCGGGUCCAAGUCCUUGAAGAUUGACUUGGUAGCUCUGUGGACCGUAUUCUGUGUGCACUGGGAACCUCUGGAGGACCACCUCAGGCUGGAGCUUCCCAAGCAGAAUUUCACCCUAUGCGAGGCCUCGGGCAUGCAGACCUGCUUGUGCGAGUAUCUGUCGCCUGAGGGAGGGAACCGGCCAGACGGAGUGUACGGCAUCGGCCACACCUCCAUCCAAGGAGAUCCACUCGAGGAUAAAGUGCUUACAGCCUACGUCUUUUUGGGAGAACCCAUCAACUGCACAGGAGAGGAGCCCUGUGACAACGCCAGCCAGAGAUCCAACCAAGUGAAGAUCACCAAGAUCGAGAUCGGCUCUCAUGUGGUGGGUAACGUGACUCUGCCGAAAACCAACGCCAUCGUGGUGGAGAUGAAGGAGAACUUCCACUGCUUUGACUUCAAGGCCCCCGUCCCCGACGGUGCGGACCCGGAGACCCUCCCCUCCAUCCACCUCCCCACCUCUCUGAAACCAGCCCCCGGGAAGACAGCCAAGCUGGUGUGCACCUUCUUCAGAAACAAGACUCUGUUCCAGGAGCCGAAGAGGGAUGUGGAAAUACUGGAGGAUGUGGUGGGAAUUACCGUGGAGAAUGAAGUCAUCACUAAUCUGAGGGAACCCAUCAGGAUUGGUUUCCACCACGAAGCCUUAAAUAAAACCCAUUCACGAAAAUGUGUCUCGUGGGACACCAAGACAGAUCCACAGAAGGUCAACUGGAAGGAGGAUGGAUGUGUGACAGAAGGCAUGGGAGCCAAGAAAACAGAGUGCCAAUGCUACCAUCUGACAUACUUCACCAUAAUGGUGCGACUGGAGCGUCGAACUGUGCCCCACCUGCUGGCCCUGACAGUCAUUACAUCCUUGGGCAACGCCGUGUCCACCAUCAGCUGUGUUGCCCUCCUCAUCUUCCUCUGCAACAAACGGAGAGCGAAGGAGCAGUCUUCCCCGGUCCACCUGGGUUUAGCCGUGUCGCUCUUCCUCCUCAACCUGCUCUUCCUCCUCAACCUGCUCUUCUUCUUCACGGGGACUCUGGCCAACGUGGGAGGGGAGGGGCUCUGCCGCUGGGUGGGGCCGGGGCUUCACUACGCCCUGCUCAGCUCCUUCACCUGGAUGGCCAUGGAGGUGUUCUACACCUUCUGGAUGGUCUACAUGGUGUUUAGCCCCUCCCCCAGGGCCUUCUUCUGGUACCUGAUAGGAUUUGCUCUACCAGCUCUUCCAGUCCUCAUCCUUGUACGCAUAGGAAACAUUUACGGUAUAAUGGAGGUGGGGCCCAGCGAUGAUCCCUCCAACCCCUACUUGAUGUGUUGGAUGAAGAACACUCCACAGGCAAUGCUGGCCCACUACCUGAUCAACAUCAGCAUGCUGGUGGGCCUGGUGUCCUCAGGCCUGCUCAUGCUCUUCCUGGUCUACUGGAAGAUCCGCACCCGGAACGAGUGGAGGCACAAGAAGGUGGCCUUCCUCAGCAUCUGGGGGCUCAGCUGUCUUUUCGGGACCACCUGGGGCCUGGGCUUCCUGGACUUUGGACCCCUCAGCACCUUCGUCCUCUUCCUGUCCUGCAUCCUCAACUCGCUUCAAGGGUUCUUCCUGAUGCUGCGCUUCUACGUGCUGGGCUGGGUGAAGAGGCGUGAAGAGGGAGACUCGACCCUGGGAAGUAGCAGCCUGACCGGCUCUGCCAGGCAGCAGAUGCUACAAGUCCAGGAGAAACAGUAGCAAGAGAAGCCAGAGGCCUCACCACUUCACUGGAGACGAAAGGACAAAUAGGGGAAAAGACCUGUGGUUCAACGACGCAUGGGCCUUUGUAUCGCCGUGCAUGUCAAUUUGGUAACAGGUGGUUAAAAAAAGAAGCAGUGGUGUUGUUGGUUGGCAGUUGCACGCUAGAGCCGUGCGACCUUGGAGGCUUCCAGUUCCUGUGUAUCUACUCAUCUGUCAUUUUUGUUUCUGGUCUAAAUUCAUUGUGAUUGUUAAAAGUGUUUCCAUGUCACCUUUAGUUUGAGAUUCUAACUAAAGGUGCAUACAGAGUUAAGGUAUCAAACACUGGCGCUGUUAUUUCUACUGGUGGCGAGCGAGAGAAGCCCCCCCUGUGUUGUGCUCCAGGAAGUAUCUCAUAGGCAAAUGAAGAGGCGGUCUGGUCUGUGACGAGGGGCUGAGGCGGCCGGCUCCUUCUUGACCGCCAUUCAACAGUGCAGGACUGGGGCCUGUACUUCAAACAAACUCUAUCAGAACUGGGUUGAGUCUAGUUCAUAAGGUUUAAAGUGGAUUUAUUAUUAUUUGUAUUCUUAUUUUUAAACUUUUAUGAAAAUGAAAGAGAUUCAACUGAUUUUUUCAGGGUAAUACUCCAAAGGUGUUUUAUUUUUCUCCUUCUUGAUACCUCUGAUAAGCUUUUUUUAUACAUUUCCUUUCUGUUUUUGUGAUUCUUAAGACUUGAUUUUAUGCUCACAUCACUCCCUUGAAGCAGCACUUUAGUUAUUUUUCAGCAAGCGUUGUGAUGUACCAAUAGCACCUUUUCACUCUGGCUCUCUGGGACUUUUAAUUUGCAAGUUUUCGCCGAUAGAGACCUGAUUCCGUCAAUUACAGUACAAUUCAAGGUUAGAAUAAUACUGUUGAAUAAAAUAAAUCUUUCACUGUUUUUA